AUGACCUGGAAGGAUUCAGGAGUGGAGCUGCUCUCUGCUGGACUGGGGAAUCCUCUGCUGUCAGGCUGUCUAGUCACAGAGGAAGGCUGUGCUUUCUGGUCUCAGCUCUGGAGACAAACCUCACACCUGAGAGAGCUGGAUCUGAGCUACAAUCACCCAGGAGACUCAGGAGUCAGACUGCUCUCUGCUGGACUGGAGGAUCCACACUGCAGACUGGAGAAACUCAAGUAUGUAGAGGCUUUAUAUGUCUGUGAUCUCACACUGGACCCAAACACAGUAGACAGACUCCUCUCUCUGUCUGAGGAGAACAGAAAGGUGACAUGGAGGACAGAGGAGCAGCCGUAUCCUGGUCACCCAGAGAGAUUUGAGGACUGUGGACAGGUGCUGUGUAGAGAGGGUCUGACUGGGCGCUGUUACUGGGAGGUAGAGUGGAGUGGGAGAAGGGCUGAUAUAGGAGUGACAUAUAAAGGAAUCAACAGGAGAGGAGGUGGUGAGGACUGUUAUCUUGGAUGUAAUGACAAGUCCUGGAGUCUGGUCUGCUCUGACCACAGUUACAUUGCCUGGCACAAUAAUAAUCUCACUACCAUAGACGUCCCCCCCUCCAGCUCCCACAGAGUAGGAGUGUAUCUGGACUGGCCAGCCGGCACUCUGUCCUUCUAUAGAGCCUCCUCUGACACACUGACCCACCUGAUCACAUUCACCUCCACAUUCACUGAGCCUCUCUAUCCAGGGUUUGGGUUUGAUUAUGACUCCUCAGUGUCCCUGUAAAUAAUAACAUGACACAAACACACACACACAUACUGACACACACACAGGAAACACACACACACACACACACACACACACUGGACACACAAACACACACACACACUGGACACACGCCCACACACUGGACACACACACACACACACACACACACACACACACACACACACACACACACACACACACACACACACACACACACACACACACACACACACACUGGACACGCACACACACACACACACUGGACUCAUACACACACACACACACACACACACAUACUGUACACACAAACACACACACACUGGACACAUAAACACACUGGAUACAAGCACUGGACACAAACACACUGGACACACACACACACACACACACACACACUGGACACACACACACACACUGGACACACACACACACACACGUCUUCCUAUAAUUGUGAGGACCUUGACACAGGAC